AAUUCAAUUCAAUUCAAUCUUUAUUUAUAAAGCACAUUUAAAAACAGCUGAUGCUGACCAAAGUGCUGUACAUGUCACAAACAUAAAAAUAAUAUAAAAAGCAAAAUAUUCAUAAAAGCUAAGGAAAGGCUAAGGAAAAGAGAAAUGUUUUCAAGGAUGACUUAAAUGUGUCAACAGAAGGGGCUAGCCUGAUAUAUAAAGGUAGGCUAUUCCAUAAUUUGGGUCCCACAACUGCAAAGGCCCGAUCACCUCGUUUUUUAAGUCGAGUUCGUGGUACAACAAGUAAGCUCUGGUCACAUGAUCUUAAGGUUCUUGACGGGGAGUGGCGAGAAAGUAAACUGGUCAAGUACUCAGGGGCCAGAUUAUUAAGAGCUUUAUAAACAUAAAGUAAGAUUUUAAAAUCGACUCUAAAUUUGAUAGGGAGCCAGUGUAAGGCUGAUAAGAUGGGAGUAACAGACUCAUGCUUGCACGUCUUAGUGAGAAGUCUAGCUGCUGAGUUUUGAACCAACUGUAAUCGAGAAAGAGAUGAUUGGGAGACCCCAUAAUAAAGAGAAUUACUGUAGUCUAAACGUGAUAUAACAACAGCAUGGAUCAAUGUUUGAAAAUCACCUUAAGAUAAAAAUGAUUUAACUUUUGAAAGCUGUCGGAGAUGGAAAAAACUGGAUUUUACCACAGCACUAAUCUGUUUAUCGAAUUUUAGGUUGUGGUCGAAAAGAACACCCAAAUUCCUGGCACAAAGGGUUUCAUAAGGAGUGAGAGAGCCACAAUCAACAUUAACAACGCUGUUUUCUGUAGAGUGUCCAGAAUGAACAGAACAACUCCAGAUGAACCAACUGAGAACCACAUGACACACUAAUAAAGAUGGCAUUCAUUAAAGAGGAGAGUGAAGAAAUGAAGAUUGAAGAAGUAUUCAGCCUGAAACAAGAAUACACUGAGGAACAAACAGACCUGAUGACACUGAAAGAGGAGAGUCAAGAAUUGAAUGAAGUGGAAGAAAAAAAACUGUUUGAGAAACAUAAUUUCAUAACUAGAGAUAAGUCUCAGUGCUCACAGAAUGAAAAGGCUUCCUCACAAAAAAAAACUAAAAAUUCAGGAACUAAAAGUAAUUUCACCUGCCUUCACUGUGGAAAAAAUUUCAAUCAAAAAGGAAACUUUAAUGUCCACAUGAGAAUACACACCAGAGAGAAGCCUUAUGCAUGCCUUCAGUGUGGAAAGAGUUUCACAAUUAAAGGAAACCUUAAUACCCACAUGAGAAUUCACACCGGAGAGAGCCCUUACACCUGCAAACUGUGUGGUAACAACUUUUCACGAAAAGAAAGUCUUAAGACUCACACGAGAAUUCACACUGGAGAGAAGCCAUACACAUGCCUUCAGUGUGGAAAGAGUUUUACACGUAGAGGAACCCUUAAUACCCACAUGAGAAGCCACACUGGAGAGAGUCCUUACACCUGCAAACUCUGUGAGAAGAGCUUCACACGAAAAGAAAGUCUAAGGACUCACACAAGAAUUCACACCAGAGAGAAGCCAUUUGUAUGUAGUCAAUGUGGAAAGAAUUUCAGAUGUAAAGAAAAUCUUAAUCAGCACAUGAAAAUUCACUUAAGAGGAAACUCUUUUCCGUGUCAUCAGUGUGGAAGGAGUUUCACAAACAGGAAAAACCUUAAGAAUCAUGUAACAACUCACAACGGAGAGAAGCCUUUUAUGUGCCUUCAGUGUGGAAAAAGUUUCAAUCUUAAAGGAAACUUAAAGGUUCACAUGAGAAUUCACACUGGAGAGAAGCCUUUCACAUGUGAUCAGCGUGGGGAAAAAAUCAGGCAUAAAGUAACCUUUAAUUACCACAUGAGGAUUCACUCAAGAGAGAACUGUUUUUUAUGUCAUCAGUGCGGAAAGAGUUUCAAAGACAGUAAAGAACUUAAGAAUCAUGUAAUAACUCACACUGGAGAGAAACCUUUUAUGUGCCAUCACUGUGGAAAGACUUCCAUAAACAAAACAAACCUUGAUAUUCACAUAAGAGUUCACACUGGAGAAAAGCCUUUCAUCUGCCUUAAGUGUGGAAAGAGUUUCUCACGUAAAGGAAACCUUAAAGUUCACAUGAGAGUUCACACUGGAGAGAAACCUUUUACAUGUCUUCAGUGCAAGAAGAGUUUCACAUAUCAAAGAGACCUGCAUCGUCACUGGCAAACUCAUUCUGGAAAGAAAUUGCAAUGUUCUGUGUGUGGUAAGAGAUUUAGAAAGAGGAACAAUUUCAAAAAUCACCUGCGCAUUCAUUCUGGAGGAAGGAGAUUUAAUUGUGUUCAGUGUAAUAAAAAGUUUAUUUUGCCAUCACACUUAGAGAUACACCUGAAAAGUCAUGCAUAUGUGAGACCCUAUUUGUGUUUCUUGUGUGGAAAAAGAUUUAAAUGGCUUGGCAGUUUAAAAUGGCAUCAGAAAAUAUGUAGAGUACGAAAUUAAUUUCAAUUGUAUAGUGUCAUUUAUUAGAUUCAGUUAAAUACCUUGGAAACAAAAAUUAUUUUCAAGAGAAAUGAAUAUUGCUGUGAAAUGCAAUACAAUGUAAGUGAACAGUCAGAAAUAAAGAGACAAACUGAAUGAAACAAGAUAAUGAACAUUA